AUCAGAACACUGAUCAUGAAUCAGGGGAGAGGAUAGGCUAUUGUAAGUGGUGGUGAUCUCCCUUUCUGAUUUGAACUUGUUUAACAAGGGUUUUCAGAGAGUCCAGAGAAUUUUAUUCUCGACAGUAUUUUAUACUGACCAAAGCUUACAUACUAUAAAACAGCUGUUGUUGACCAGAGACUACGUUGCAGUUUAAGAGAACCGCGUUGCGUGAUAUUUAAUCGUUUGAAAGUGCUCGUUUAGAAUUUUUAAUUUGAUUUCGCGACGUUACCUAUUUAAAAACUGAACGUUGUUAAACUUGUUUGGAAAAUCCAGGUUCGGAUUGUAUUUGAAUUCGGGCGUUUGUUUGUUGUCGUGUUGUAUUUUGAGUUUUUUUUAACUUCCCCAGGGUUCGUGGAACGAUGUCCUUUGCCGGGAAGCCUUUUGUUUAUUCUGUUUCAGGUGAAGAACAUGUCUGGUGCAGCAGCGAUGUUCGUGUUCUUAUUGCCGGGGAUUCCAAUGUCCAUCGUUUGAAGUCUGCGUGUCCUCCAAAUGCAAGGAUUGACUUUCUGCCCGUAUCUGGUGCAAAGUAUGUUUCUGACCGGAAGGGCUUUAGAAAGCUGCUGCAUCAAGAGCUGAUGUCAGGUUGUUACGACAUACUGUACCUGCAUCUUGGCUCUAACGAUAUUUGCUGCAAGGAUAGCGAUUUCUACCGUUGUGUGACAGAGAUCCUUGAUGUUGUAUUCAGUGUAUGCACUGAAAUACACGUGGUGCUUUGCGAGAUUCUUCCACGCGAUUUUGAUGUGAGAAUGUUUCCCCGAUGGCCACUCUCAGGGGCACAGUUGAGGAACUAUUGCCAGUGGAUAAGGAGCGCAAACAGCAUGCUGUGGGAACUGAGUCACCAUGUGCCUUCUGUGAGAUACAUGGACUAUGGAGCAACUAAACAGAAGUCCCUGUUCUUUUCCCAUGAUGGACUACAUCUGAGUGCUGAAGGGGUUAGGAGGUGUUUAGCAUCCAUACAGGACGACCUGCCAAACCAGCUGUGUGUGGAGGCUGCUGUUCAAGAUCCUACAGAAUGGCCAGCUCUCUCAGCCACGGAAGUACCGGUUCAGGAGCAUGACAGCACCAUAGCACUCUUUUCGGAUAUUGUGCAGACUGGAGCUCAACCAGAGAUUCAAGACAUGGUGGAUGCAAGUGAAGUACCAGUUCCCAGGGACAUUAAGCCUCAGAUACAUAACAUAACGGUUGUCACAGCCAGAGCUAAGAGGUCUGCAACCAGAAAUACCAAAAGAUAUGGAAAGAAGUUGGCAAAGAAAUGCCACACAAGGUCAUGCUGCAGUGGAUUUGUUUACCUUGACAUUACUGAAGAUGUGGCUGUUUUCCUUCCUGCAUACAAGUUGAAUGGCUUAUGCUUGAAACGCAAGAAGAUGGAAGUCAAGACUGGUAAGGUUAAAAGGGAGAAACCUACCAUGACGAAGAAGAAGAACAAACAGGUAAAUCAAUGA